AAACUCAGGAACUUGCCAGUGGGGAAAGCCGGCCUUCUCUGAAGACUACACAUCCCAUGAGGCUCCGCGACACGGCCCGGGCCCUCCAGACUACACUUCCCAUAAGGGCUUGCGCCGUGGCGCCAGCCUCCCGACAUGCCCUGCGUGCUUUACCCGCCAGCUUUGGCUUCUGCCUGGAGCGUCGGAUGAUGGAGAGCAGCGACGAGACGGCCGUUGAGAGGCAGCGCGUCCACUUGCGCCCCGAUUCUCUGAGGGAUGCAGCCCCGGUCACGCUGCACCUCCUGCCCUGCGAGGUCCUGGCGAGCCGGCCCGCCCCCGUGGAGCAGUUCUUCACGCCUGCCAUCCGUCAGGGCCCCGACGGUGAGGCGCUGGCGGCCGCGGCUCCCGGCAGCCUCCGCGCGCUCACGGGACUCCACGUAUCGUUCCGGGGCCGCAGCCUCCGGGGCGAGGAGGUGGCCGUGCCGCCCGGCCUCGAGGGAUACGUGAUGGUGGCCGAGGGAGAAGGCGACGGGCCGAGGAGGCAGGACUUCUCGGGGGGCCGGAAGGACGGCGGAGCGGAGGAGCUGGAGCUGCUGGAGCGGGACUUCGACCGCUUUAUCGGAGCCACCGGCCGUUUCCGCCGCUUCACCCUCUGGGGCUUGGAGACCGCCCCUGGCCCCGACGCCAAAGUCCACGGGGCGCUGGCCUGGCCGCGCCUCGCCGCAGCGAUUCACGCACAGGUGCCUGAGGACUGAGAAACAGCUUGAAAGCUCGAACCCUUCACAUCAGUAACUAAGCUCCUCACUUUGGAGCCACCAGAUUUGUUCUCCCAAUAAACCUCUUCACAGCA